UAAUGCAACGUUUCAUUCCAUCCUCUUUUUAAGUUCUCGCUCUUAUUACUUUGUUGAACAAUGGUUUCCAUGCAUGCGAUGCUUUACUCCCUGGUGUUCUUCUUCUUUGCUGCAUUAGCUUCAGCGCAGCUGUCGCCAACGUUCUACGGCACUUCAUGCCCCGGAGCUCUAUACACCAUCCAAAACGCAGUCAGGGCUGCAGUGUUCAAAGAGCGCCGUAUGGGAGCAUCAUUGCUCCGGCUCCAUUUCCAUGAUUGCUUUGUUAAUGGUUGCGAUGGAUCCAUUCUGUUGGAUGACACUCCGAGCUUCACCGGCGAGAAGACUGCAGGUCCCAACAAUAACUCUGUUCGAGGUUUUGACGUGAUCGACACAAUCAAAUCCCAGGUUGAGGCCACAUGCAAGCAAGUCGUCUCAUGUGCUGACAUUCUUGCUGUGGCCGCCCGCGACUCCGUGGUUGCAUUGGGUGGGCCUUCAUGGACCGUGCAGCUAGGAAGGAGGGAUGCAACAACUGCAAGCUUCAGUGCCGCAAACAGCGAUAUCCCCAGCCCAACUUCGGAUCUAAGUGUUCUGAUAUCAAACUUCUCCAAGAAGGGUCUCAGUACCAUCGAUAUGGUAGCUCUCUCAGGGGCGCACACCAUAGGGCAGGCCAGGUGCACCGUGUUCCGGACCCGAAUCUACAACGAGACCAACAUCGACGCUUCCUUGGCCACCUCCUUACAAUCCAACUGCCCGAGCUCCGGUGGCGACGACAACCUCUCUCCUCUCGAUGCCAUCACUCCCACCACCUUUGACUGCUUCUACUACAGGGAUCUGGUGAACAAGAAGGGCCUCCUCCACUCAGACCAACAGCUCUAUAAUGGUGGCUCAACCGAUUCCCAAGUCGCCUCCUACGUUAAUAACCUUGGCAAGUUUUAUAGUGACUUUGCUGCUGCCAUGGUGAAGAUGGGGAACAUUAGUCCUCUCACUGGUACCAGUGGGGAGAUCAGGACAAACUGUAGGAAGACCAACUGAGAUCGAAGUCUAUCUUUAAGUAUGUAACAACACCUAAGAGAAGGGUCAAGUCCCCCUUCGCUCGUUCUGUGUUUGUCCUUUAGGUCUUGUAACAGUUACGAAACUAUAAGAAGAAAUAAGGUUGGGUUGUUGGAAAAUUUAUUUUGUGCUGUUUGUCUUUCCUUGGCUAAGCCCAGGGAAGUGAGCAGCCUUGCACUCGGUCGGCCCGUAACGUGGUCCAGACCAAGGUAAGACUAGCCCACCACAUAUGAAACUAGUGGGUUGGGUGCGUUUACAUGACCUAACGCUGUGCGUUGGUUUUAAACUUUCGGCUAGAAAUUUUAGGCCUGACCUCGCUUGUAAUUGUAUCAUCCACCCACAAAAGUUCGGUAAGCGUCUAAGAUUGAUUAAA